AUGUUGUUAUCGCCUUUUUCGAGGUUAUCUGGUAGAAAACUCGCAAAUUAUUCGACGAAUCCAUUGAAAUUCGUACCGAAAUGUAGCGAAGCAAGCGAACGAGACGUCGACGCUCUGAGACAAUUCAUACGCGACUCCAAACAAAUCCUGGUACUCACCGGCGCUGGAAUUUCCACCGAAUCAGGUAUACCCGAUUACCGAUCGGAAGAGGUAGGCCUAUACGCCCGAACGAACCACAAACCCAUCCAACACCAGGAAUUCCUGCGGCACCCGCACAUCAGGCGCAGGUACUGGGCGAGGAACUUCGUCGGUUGGGACGCCUUCCGCCAGAGGCAACCCAACCCCGUGCAUUACUCCAUCAGGAACCUGGAACUCGAUCUAAACAAAGUGAGCCGUGUAGUCACCCAAAACGUGGACAAUCUGCACUACAAAGCGGGCAGUAGGAAUGUGGUGGAGCUGCACGGCAGCGGAUACAGGGUGAUUUGCUUGAAUUGCCGGAGAUUGUACGACAGAGACCGGAUACAGGAGGAAUUGAGGGAAUCCAAUCCCCAUAUGCCCGAAGCUAUCACUAUGAUCCGACCCGAUGGGGAUGUUGACAUACCGCAAGAGGCCGUGGAGGGAUUCCGGCCGCCUUCCUGCGGCUCCUGCGAUCACCCGCUGAAGCCCGAUAUAGUAUUCUUCGGGGACAAUGUGCCUAAAGAGCGAGUGCAAGCCGUCAGAGACGCCGUGACGUCGAGCGACGCCCUGCUGGUGUUGGGUACCAGCCUGUCGGUGUUCUCCAGCUAUCGGAUAGUACUGCAGGGUGUGGAGGAGAAGAAGAAAAUCGCCAUGGUGAAUAUAGGGAAGACGCGGGGCGACGGGGUGGUCGAUUUGAAAAUCGCCGCCCGGUGUGGUGAUGUCUUGCCCAAAAUUUGUUGA